CAUCGAGAGCAAUCAUUAUUCUCAUUGUUCUCGACGAGUGAAUUUGUAUUUAGCAGUGUACAAAACCGUUUAUUACCAUCUUUAUUUGGAGAACUCAUCGCAUCUUAAAGCAGUGAUUACACACGCCAUCAUUGCAUUAGCUCGUGCAGGCGGUUGAACUGUCGAAAGUGGUCAAAAUAUGGAUAAACAAAAGAUAAAUUCUCUCAAACGCAAACAGGUUUUUGUAACCACUAGAGGCAAUUAUAAAUAUGGGCGAGUAAAACAAUUUCGCUUAAGUCAAAACCUAAGGCGUCCUGUAAGAAUUGUAACGAAACCGAAACGGUAUUUGACCACUUCGAGUGAGAACGACUCGCAAGUCAAUAAGUCAAAACAAAAAGCUAUAGAAAAAUCAGUAGAUCUUCAGAAAGAUAUCGAUGAGAUUCACAACACAUCAUUUGAAGAGCACGAUGAAAACGCAGCACCAAAUAUUGUAGGAUCUCAAAGAACCAUCGAAUCUCAAAACAGAGUUGCAGAAAUUGUUUUCGAACAACAAUCUCUCCAACAAAAUGAAAGUCAGAAUGACAGAUACAAGCAGCUACUUUCAACGCCUUUUACAUCUUUUACACUUGAUGAACAGCAACCAGAAAGCACUAAUCAAUCACAUUCUGCCUUAACGGAAAGAGUGUUUAAGAAUAAUGACUCAGCAGUUUUCAACCCGCUGUUGCAUUUUCGAACACUACAACAGUUGCCGCACUCAAGCGAAUCUGCCGAAAGACAUUCGGGAAUUACACAACUUACUUCUCCACAAACGUGCUCAGCAACAUGGGCUACUACUGAACUAAAAAUGUCUCCAAAGUGCAACAGCAAUAGCAUGCAAUAUUAGCAGCAGCAGCGUAAUAACUCUAAUGAGUUUUUAUUUAAUUAAAGAAAUUAUCAUUACAAAGCAAAUGCCGCACAACGUGAGCCUUCUGCUGAUUGGAAUGCAAUAAUUCGAGACUUGGACACUAUGAAGAAGAGACUCGAAGAUAUGCCGACAAAACAAGAUUUCAUGUAAGGUUUUCUUUUUGUAAGCCAUUCUUUGACUGUUUGAAAAUA